UGUUUUCAAUAUUCUAUAUAAACCCAUAGAUUCUGAGAGUUGUAUCUGUGGAGUGGGAGCAAACUAGCUCUAGUUUGAAGUCUUCGUAGAAAGUAAGACAUGGAGAAAAACCGAGCUCGUCAGAGAUUCUACAUUUUAGGUCUCUAUGUUUGUUUAGCAGCCAUAUCUCUUGUACAUUGUGAUGCGAGAAAAUCAGUUCAUUCAUUUACAACUCAAAAACAUUCAAGAAGUUCGAGCAUCAAAUUUACUAGAAAAAUGCACGAUUUGAAGCGGUUUGACACGGGAAAAGGAAACUCAUUUUUUGAACCCAUUUUUAAGCAACUUGUUAUGCCAUUGGAUGCAUCGAAUAAUGAUUCUUAUAUUAGUUCACCAACCUCUAUGCCACCAUAUGACUCCCUUGCUCCCAUUCCCUUGCCUGAUGGUAGCCCUCCAUAUUGUUUAUAUCCCCCAUCCACCCCACAGGCGCCUUCUACCAUCCCAAGCCCAACUGGUGGCUACACCCCAUUACCUCCUCCAGCGUCUUCUGGGCCCACAUUGCCAGGCCCGAGUCCACCUGAAGGGUCUCUUCCAAGUCCACCUUACAAUGUUCCGACGCCAACUCAGCCCGGGCUUAGUCCACCUUACAAUGUUCCGACGCCAACUCAACCCGGGCUUAGUCCACCUUAUAAUGUUCCGACGCCAACUCAGCCCGGGCUUAGCCCACCUUACUUUACCCCCAACCCGCCCGUUAACGUCCCAUCGCCUUCUGGGGGAUACGUUCCGAGCCCACACUCUUUCUUGCCCCCUAUCGUUUAUCCACCACCCGCGGUGCCACCGCCACCUCACACUGCCUCUGGCACGAGCCUUUGGUGUGUGGCAAAGCCAUCGGUGCCCGACCCGAUCAUCCAAGAAGCAAUGAACUAUGCCUGCGGCUCUGGAGCGGAUUGCGAUCAAAUUCAACCCAGUGGGUCGUGUUUUCAGCCCAACACUCUAUUUGCACAUGCAUCGUACGCCUUCAACAGCUAUUGGCAGAGAACUAAGGUGGCUGGAGGCACGUGUGAAUUUGGAGGAACGGCCAUGCUUGUUACCGUUGAUCCAAGUUAUGACGGGUGCCACUUCGUCUACUUUUGACUUUUUUUUUCAAGAUAAAUACCUUCUUUUGUAGAUUCAUUGAAGAAUCUUGCAAGUAAAAUCAGAGGGCAGAGGACAAAUAUUCCCAUUCUUUAUUUUGACAACGAUUUUGUAAGAUAUUAUGCAGAUUUGUUGAGGGAAUAAUGCUUUUUCUGGAUAUUGAAAGGUUUAAUAAUAAAUCGUGUCGUGGAAGAAUUAUAGCAGUGUUUAAUAUUAUGAAAUAAUUAAAUAAUG